UUGUAGAGGGCGUGGCCAAACCAUCAGGAAGUGGAAUUACUUCCUGUUCUGCUCUGCCCCCUAUCAGCAAGCCAAGCUCCAAGCUCUGUAAUUUAUUAAACUCAAGUCAAAAGAAGACCAAGCAAAAGCAAAACAUUACAAGAACUGCAGUAGCAAGAUAAAGACACUAUCAAUAAUCAAUCUUCCAAGGACUUAUUCUAAUUAAAGCCUGCCUACUGCACAUGCAACUCUGAAGAAUCAAACUGAUAAUCUCGAGGUCUCUGUACUAUACUGUGAGUCCAUCUCUGUCACCACCUACUAUGGCCUCGGGGCUUGCUCAUCAGGAACACUCACACAGUCAGCUACGACAGACGGAAGACCCAGCAGCUUUGCUACUUAAUACCGAUCAGCCAGUGUUUGCAGAGGGAGGGGGGGACAUGGAGGAGGUGGAUUAUGAGAGCUUACCAACAAGUCGAUUGUCAACUCACCUGCUAGCAGGGGGCCUGGCUGGUAUGAUGGAGCACUGCUGCAUGUACCCUGUGGACUGUGUCAAGACUCGAAUGAUGGCCCUCAAUCCUAACCCUAAAGCACAGUACAAGAAUAUCUUCCAAGCCUUCAGCACGAUAGUGUCUCAAGAAAAGCCCCGGGCUCUUUUCCGAGGGAUAGGAGUGGUUGCCACAGGGGCUGGUCCAGCCCAUGCACUAUACUUUGCCUGUUAUGAGUAUUUCAAGAAGCUGUUGAGCAGAGGAAAUGGGAGCAAUGUUCUAGCACAGGGAGGAGCUGGAGCACUGGCCAGUGUUGUCCACGAUGGCUUCAUGAACCCAAUAGAUGUGAUCAAGCAGCGGCUACAGAUGUAUAACUCUCCCUAUAAGAAUGCAAUCCACUGUGCCAAGACUGUGUUUCGUAGCGAGGGACUGGCUGCAUUCUAUCGUAGCUACACGACACAACUGAGUAUGAACGUGCCCUUCCAAGUGGUCCACUUCAUCACGUACGAGUUUCAUCAGGACAUUUUGAACAAAGAAAGAAAGUAUGACCCCGUCUCUCACAUGUUAUCUGGCGCUGGUGCUGGAGCAUUUGCAGCCGUAGUGACCACACCUCUGGACGUUGCCAAAACAUUAUUGAACACUCGCGAACAAAGAUUGGACCUCCAGAAGGAACGACAAAUUCAUGGGAUGUUGAACGCUAUUAAGACUAUUUACAAGACCACUGGCAUGAAGGGUUACUUCAGAGGAGUGACUGCUAGAGUUGUUUAUCAAAUGCCCUCUACCGCAAUUUGUUGGUCUGUAUAUGAAUUUUUCAAGCAUAUACUUAGACUGAAACCAGAGGAAAAUUCAAUCUGAUGAUUCAUUUUUUGUUUUGUUCUUCUCUCUCUCUAAUUUAUGUAAUCAUCUGCACACAGUCAUUCUAGCGUUGUCUGUCACUAUUUAGUAUUAUUAUUUUUGUGUGCAACAUUAUAAUUUAAUUGCCUUUAUAAAUAUUGAUUUAAUCACAACAAUAUUUUGAAAAUAAAUUAAACAUCUGA